AUCGACUCAGUUCGACAGUCGACGAGUCUCGGGGAAGAUGCGUGCGAUCGAGUGGCUGCUGCUGAUGCCAAUCCUCUCUGGCCCGUGGCCGUGCCUGUGCCGGGACCAGCUGCCGAAUUCCUUGAGGCGCCACAUGAACCGUUCGGCGAACCCCUGCACAGAUUUCUAUGAGUAUGCCUGCGGAAACUGGGUGCGGACGCACCAGGAUCGACCCUACAGCAGCUUGAUCGGCAAGCUGGACCAUGUGUAUCACGGGAGGCUGGCCAAGCUGCUGGAACAGGCGACGACCCCAGGCGCCCCCGAGGAGCACCGCUUCGUGCGAAUGCUGCGGCACUAUUACACCGCCUGCCGGUCUCCACUCGGGGCGACGCCCUCGGCGGAGUUUAUGCUGCGGUUGUGCCGGAUGGUCGAAGUGGAUGGCAACAGUCUGUCCGUGGCCCUGACGACCCUCUUCCAGGCUGACGUUCUUCUAGAGAUCAACGAGAGCGACCUGCCCGCAGUUUGGGCGAGCCUCAUCCUACGCCCCUCGGCCGAGGGCGACCGAAACGCGUCCUUGUACCAGCCCCUGAGCCGCGAGGAGUUCGACCAGCUCUGGCGCAUUCUACCCGCCCCCGGGGAGAGCCCCGACGAGGUGUGGCAAAAGGUAAGGCACCUGGAGGAGGUGAUCACCGCCAAGAUCAAGCCCGAGGAGGCUGCGCGCUGGGCAACGAACCCCAAGGAUACGGGCGCCCAGGUGCUGUUCCCGGUGCCGGCCUACUGGAUGCUGCCGUGGCCCACCUACGAGACGGGCAUUCUUUACGUGACGCAUCUGUCGCACCACCUGGCCAGCCAGCCGCCGCGCUUCCUCCUCCACUACCUGCUCCUGCGCUCGCUGCGCCGCGAUGCCGAGCGGCCGCCCUGGAGCUUUACCCGGCUGGAGUGUGCCGCCCAGGCCCGAUUGUUCAUCACCCAUGCGGCCGUCUGGCUGGUGGAGCAGCACCAUCCCCACCUGCAGGCCAAUGGCACGCUACAGAUGCUAUUCGGGGAGCUGAAGCAGCAGUUUGGACUGAGGGUGCGGGCCAAUCGCAACAAGUUCUCGGCGGCCACACAGCGCUUUCUCCUCGAGAAGCUGGAGAGGAUGAGCCUGCGGCUGAGCAUCCUGCCCAGCCCGGGGGUCGUGGAGUCCGUGGAGCAGCGUCUGGAGCAGCACUACCGGAAGCUGCGGAUCAACGCCUCCGACUACUUUGGCAACCUGCUGGCCGUAAUGGAGCACUCGAGGCGCCAGGAGGAAAGGGCGGACUCCAAGUACGACCUGCAGCCGGUCAAGGUGUACGGCUACGGCACCUAUGCCUCGCCCUUCUUUAUGCCCAGGGCGAACGCGCUGCUCGUGCCACUCUCCCUGCUGGAGGCGCCCCUCUUCCGACCCGACCAGCGCCAGGUGCUCACCUACAGCUCGCUGGGCUUCAUCCUGGGGCACGAGCUCUCGCACGGCUUUGCGCCCGUCGAUGUGCACUUCGAUGCGCUCGGUCGGCCCAACAGGUCCAAGAGUAAGUCCAUGCUCACGAGUCGACGCUACCUGUCCCAGGCACUCUGCCUUCAACGCCGUCACGGCUCCUUCUUCGCCGACGAGAAGUUUGCCGAUCUGAAUGGCCUCGAUCUGGCCUACGGUGCGUACUUCGAGGCGGGCGCGGGCGCUGUCGCGGGCGAGCCUGGCAGGGGCACACCGGCCCAGAAGCAGCUCUUCUUUUUCAACUUUGCACAAUUCUUCUGCUCGGACGACAAGAACCUGGAGGACAGCGAGGAGCACGGCAGCGAUAGGUUGCGCGUCAACGAUGCCAUGGCCAGCUUCGAUCCCUUCCGCCAGGCCUAUGGCUGCCAGUCGGUGCGAAGUGGCACAAGGUCACGCUGCCAGUUGUAUUAGCCAACCCGAAGCGUGGGGAGGCGAUCUAUGACCCACUGAAUAUUUAGUUGAUGCAGCAAAGCUGUAGCUGUCCAGAUCACCAGAUCAUUCAUAGAUGAGCUCCAGAUUGUCUGGCUUUCGGUUUCGAUUGCCCAACAUUUCCCCCCCAAGAGCGUGAGCGGUGGACAGUUGUGCGGAGUUUGUGUCACAUUUAAAUCGUUUAUUUAUUCAAUAUUGGAUGCACCAUCAAAAUAAAUACAUUAUGUAUAUGUACAUUUGUGUUAGCAAACAAAAAAGGAACACAACGAAUCCGAGAACUGUUCUCAGAGUAAUCAGAUGAAAUGAAACCCUCGUGCAGCUGCUGUCACGAAUUACGAGAACGAGUAUAAGGUACAUACAUAUGUACAUCUGUACAUCUGUGCGGUAUGUACGUAGUAAUAGUAGUUAACACAUUCCAUUCAGACAGACAAUUGUUAGUAAUGGUUA